CUGAUUUGCUAGUGUGUGAUCUCGCUCCGUGAUUGGUCCAGGUAGAUGAGUAGCGAUCGCCGAUUGGCUAUCGAGCUGGGCGCUGUUGGCUGACUGGGAAUGUUUAGGCCAGGGCCGUAGCCUCGGACUGUCAGACGAAUUGAACGGGUCUGGGCUGCGGGAGGAAUGGGGGACAGGGCUGUGCGUAUUCUGCUGUUUCUCGUUUGUUACUGCGGCUUCCUGGAGGUGUUGUCAGGGUCCCACCGGGUCGCCGCAGAUGUACCUGAAGGCAGUGAUAAUCCACAGACACCAGAAGACCAUGAAUCAGGAUACCCCACUGGAGACCAAAAGGAGGGCAGUAUGCUCCCAGAUGUAGAAGAACAGGAUAAGAAUGAAGCCAUAUUUGAUGAAAAUGAAGUUCAGAAGGACAGAUCUGAGCAGAAGCACCUAGACCUAAAUCCAGAGGGAAACCCCAAAUCCUUUGUGUUACCUACCAUAAAACUUAUUCCAACAGAAGAUGAAAAUGAAAGAGACGAGAAUGAACAAAAGGGCACACAGACAGUGGAACUGCAAAAACCAGAUCCCCAAAUCCUAGUCUUGGGAGGCACUGCAGAGGGAGAAGCAUGUCAUUUCCCAUUCUUGUUCCUGGAUAAGGAAUACAUUGAGUGCACAACAGAUGGACGUGAGGAUGGCAGACUUUGGUGUGCAACCACUUAUGACUACAAGACUGACUUGAAGUGGGGGUUCUGUGAAACUGAAGAGCAGUCCAAUAAGAGACGUCAGAUGCAGGAAGCAGAGGACCUUUACCAACUGGGCAUGAAAAUACUAAAUGAGAGCAACAAAAGAUCACAGAAGAAGGAAGCCUUCCACUAUUUUAUGAAAGCAUCUGACAUGAACCACAUCAAGGCAAUGGAGAUGGUGGCCUAUGCCCUGCUGUUUGGGGAUCCUAUAAAACAAAAUAUCCCAUCUGCUAAAGAGCUUCUGGAGAAACUGGCAGAGCAAGGGUCACCUCGUGGUCAGAUGGCUCUUGGGUUUUUAUAUGCCUCUGGUCUGGGUCUGAAUUCCAGUCAAGCAAAGGCUCUUGUAUAUUACACAUUUGGUGCUCUAGGGGGAAACCUCAUUGCUCAUAUGAUUUUGGGCUAUCGAUACUGGGCUGGGAUUGGAGUAUUGCAGAGCUGUGAAUCAGCUCUCACACAUUAUCGUCUUGUGGCAAACCAUGUUGCUAGUGACAUCUCACUGACAGGUGGCACUGUUGUACAAAGGAUUCGCUUGGCAGAUGAAGUGGAAAAUCCAGGAAUGGCUAGUGGAAUGCUUGAGGAAGAUUUGAUCCAGUAUUACCAGUUUCUGGCUGAGAAAGGAGAUGUCCAGGCUCAGGUUGGUCUGGGACAGCUUCAUCUGCACGGAGGGCGUGGUGUGGAACAAAAUCAUCAAAGGGCAUUUGAGUAUUUUAAUCAAGCAGCAAAUGCAGGAAACUCCCAUGCAAUGGCUUUCCUAGGAAAGAUGUAUUCUGAAGGAAGUGAUACAGUGAUUCAGAGUAAUGAAACCGCUCUUCAGUAUUUUAGGAAAGCAGCAGAUAUGGGAAAUCCAGUUGGCCAGAGUGGACUUGGCAUGGCUUAUCUGUAUGGCAGAGGGGUUCCUGUUGAUUAUGAUCUGGCUUUGAAAUACUUCCAGAAGGCAGCGGAGCAAGGGUGGGUGGAUGGACAGCUUCAGCUUGGAUCAAUGUAUUACAAUGGCAUAGGCGUAAAGAAAGAUUACAAGCAAGCCCUGAAAUAUUUUAACCUGGCAUCACAAGGAGGUCACAUUUUGGCUUUCUACAACCUUGGCCAGAUGCAUGCCACUGGCACAGGAGUGAUGAGAUCUUGCCACACUGCUGUUGAAUUAUUUAAGAAUGUAUGUGAGCGUGGGCGUUGGUCAGAGAGGCUUAUGAUUGCCUAUAACAGCUACAAGAAUGGUAAUGCCAACACAGCAGCAGUGCAAUACCUGCUUUUGGCUGAACAGGGGUAUGAGGUGGCCCAGAGCAACGCAGCUUUCAUCUUAGACCAACAAGAGGCAGCUAUAUUUGGAGAGAAUGAAACCUUUCCCAGGGCUCUGCUACACUGGAAUCGGGCAGCCUCACAAGGUUACACCCAUGCCAGGAUAAAAUUGGGUGAUUAUCAUUUCUAUGGUUAUGGAACAGAUAUUGACUAUGAGACUGCAUUUAUUCAUUACCGCCUGGCUUCUGAACAGCAGCACAGUGCCCAAGCCAUGUUCAACCUGGGAUACAUGCAUGAGAAGGGCCUGGGGAUCAAGCAGGACAUCCACCUUGCUAAACGUUUCUAUGACAUGGCUGCUGAAGCCAGCCCAGAUGCUCAGGUGCCAGUGUUUCUAGCACUGUGUAAACUUGGGGUUCUGUAUGCACUCCAGUAUCUGUGUGAUAUGAAUGUUAAAGAAAUGGUAUCCCAGUUGGAUAUGGAUCAGUUGUUGGGACCAGAGUGGGACUUGUACCUUAUGACCAUUAUCGCCCUGCUGCUUGGGACAGUCAUUGCAUAUCGACAAAGGCAACCUCAAGUUGUUUUAAGACCCCCAACACCAGCUCCAAGAGCAGCACCUCAGGAUCCACCCCCUCAACAGCCAGAACAACCCCAACAACAACAGGAAGUACAGCAACCACAGUGAACACAACGGUUUGCUCUUUAGAAGAACAUUACUUGGUGUAAAGACCGUUAAACCCAAAGGCUUCCAGAAGACCAGAGCUGCCUCCGUCCCACAAUGGGUCAGGAAAUAUAUGCAACCACUUUGAUCUGCCGAGUGUUAAUAGAAACAAAGCAAGCUAUUUUGUUUUCUGCUAUUCAUUUUUUGUUUCUUUUUCUUUUUGUUUAGACAGGUAAUUUCCUCCCUUACCUACAUUUUUGUUUGCUGUAUGGAAAGCAUCCAUUUUCAACCACAGCAAUUUUUUUCUUUAGUUUUAUUUAUAAAAGUCUCAAAACUGUCACCGACUCACUGCUAAAAAUAUAUGGGAAGGUAUUUUUCCCACCUUAGGGCCAAAAGUAGGACUCGUUAAUUAGAAGUGGUGGAGAUUGGGAAGGCGUGCUGUGUGGGGGUAUCUCCCUCACUGUGAUAUUGUUAGCACUCACUCACUGAAUUAGGGGGUCUUUGUGCUCUUACUGAAUAUGCAGAUCUGCACUAGGGCAUAGUCCUGCUACUCUCUUUUAAACAAUGUUUUUAAGACACACCACUUAACUCAGUUUGUUACAUUCUCCAUUUGUGUUGAUUUUUUUUUUAAACCCAGCUUCACAUUUUGUAAAGAAUCCCUUUGCGCAGCCGAUAUUCCUGCAGCUCACGUCUGGCUUGGGCUAAACGUCUUCAUCAGUUGUCCCCUAAAUCUGAAAAGCUACUCAAGCAGUUGUGCUGAUUGCAAAGACAUCACAUUAUUUCUUCAUGUUUUCAUUCUGGGGAAAGAGACUGUAGAGAAGCCUCAAAUGCUGCAUUGACUUGUGGAUCCGAGGAAAACAUGAUGCAUUUCCAAAAAUAAUUGAAUUGCUACUUUUGAUGCAAUCACAAGAGAUCUUCAGUUACAUCAUUUGUAAUCAGAAAUGUGCUUGGAUCUGAAGUGACAAAUUUUUUUAUGUAAAAAAAAAGAAAAAUCUAUUUGGCAAAUAUGCGGUGAGAAAUAGGUAUCAUCUCAAGAAUUAUAGAUGGACUGUCCCCGAUGUACUCUUAAUAAUCCUUAUCAUGCUGAGCUAGGAUGCAGACAGCAUACAGUCCAACCCCCAAGCAUGAGAAGGGUUAAAUACUUGGUUGUUAAGGGGCUCAUUUGUGCAAUGUUGAGAACCCAGCUCCCCUAUGGGGUUAGAGUACAGCUUGGGCAGACAGGAAAGCCAUGUAAAUUAUCAGCCGGGCUUACGAGUUUUAUUUAAAUAAAAUAAAGUUCAAAUGG